UUGAUAUCAGCUAAGGAAAAUGAUGAACUCCAAGAAUUGAAUUCAUCUGAACCAUUCCUAAAUGUUCUCCAAGAUAGUGGAUUGGUAACCUUACCGAAUGUAUGUACAGUUCUACCCCAUACUGCGAAAUGCCUACUGCAGCAUAUGCACUCUGAAAAAUCAAUUUUGUUUAGGGAGUGGUCAUCAUUUAUGGGGGGGGGGGAGGUAAAUUUUCCAACCCCCCUUUGAUGGAAAUAAAUAGUACAUACAAUGACUGCUCCCUUAAUUGUGACCGCUCCCUUAAUUGCAUUUUAUCCUCGCUUGUGAUAUGCCUUACUGUGUCACUGAACUUUCAAGCCUAACAGUCUGUAAUAUUUUGAAAUUACAAAUUAAACAUUUGCUUUCUCACCUCUAGGUUGACAACAGCAUUGCCAUUGCUGAAGCCAUGGUGUCCUAUCAUGUGCUUGUGAAGAGAGCUGUCAUGCUAGACAAUUUUGCAAAGGGUCUCCAGACGCUAGGAAUCCUUGAAGAAAUUAGGAAAAACCCUAGCCAGUUUGAGGAAGUUUUCCUACACAAUGAGAAUGCUGUGAGCGCAUCUGCUGUGUUGCAAAGUAUUGUCUUCAAGCUGGAAGAUUCCACAAUGUACGCAAUGCUAGCAAGUUUUAUAAAUGAUGCUAGUCAACAGGGUAUGUAA